AAGUCCACUCUCUUUACUCAGUUUCCAUCGUAAAGCAGACUCAGACGCGAUAUGGCGACGAGCUUGCCGUUCCUGAAUGUGACCGGAAUCUCGUUACCGUCGUCGGGAUCAAUUCGCCGGCGAUCGCACAUUGUUUCACACCAGGAUCUUCCUGAAUUCUCGUCUAAAGCAGUCUCUUCUCGGCGGCUUAGAUUCUCUCAUGCUUCUUCAUUGUCGUCGCAAUCUCGUAACGGCAGCGACGACAGUUUUCUCUCGCCGGGUCUGUUACCGGAAGUAUCGUCUCCGAUCCGAUCGGUGACUGUGAGAUCGCAAUUGAAUUUGAGUACGCCUCUCAUUUCUCCAAACGAUGAAUGGGGAACUUGGACCGCUCUGUUUGCCACUGGUGCUUUCGGUCUCUGGUCGGAGAAGACGAAGAUCGGAAGUGCGGUGAGUGGUGCGUUGGUCAGCACACUAAUUGGGCUUGCAGCUAGUAAUCUUGGGGUUAUUUCUUCAGAAGCUCCAGCUUUUGCUGUAGUGUUGAAUUUUCUGCUCCCGUUGGCUGUUCCUCUGUUGCUGUUUAGAGCAGAUCUCCGCCGUGUGGUUCAAUCCACUGGGAAGCUUCUCUUGGCUUUUGUAAUUGGAUCAGUUGCGACAACAGUUGGUACAGCUCUGGCCUACUACCUUGUGCCAAUGAGAGCACUUGGUCCGGAUAGUUGGAAGAUAGCGGCUGCUCUCAUGGGAAGGCAUAUCGGUGGAGCCGUCAACUACGUUGCCAUAGCGAAUGCUCUUGGAGUUUCACCAUCAGUAUUAGCAGCUGGACUGGCUGCUGAUAAUGUUAUAUGCGCUGUAUAUUUCACGUCAUUGUUUGCUAUAGGCUCCAAAAUACCUGCUGAAGCUUCACCGCCACCAACUAGUGAUACAGAGAUAAUCAAAGACUCUGAAACUAAGAACAAAAUCCCUGUGCUGCUGAUAGCUACUGGAAUCGCUGUGUCCUUAGCUAUAUGCAAGAUUGGGGCUUUGGUAACAAAGUACUUCGGGAUUUCCGGUGGUAGCUUACCAGCAAUAACCGCGGUGGUUGUUGUUUUGGCAACUGUCUUUCCUUCCCAAUUUGGUCGUCUUGCUCCAUCUGGAGAAGCCAUGGCUCUAAUUCUUAUGCAGGUAUUCUUCACUGUGAUAGGUGCGAGCGGAAACAUAUGGAGUGUGAUAAACACGGCGCCGAGCAUAUUCUUGUUUGCAUUGGUCCAAAUUGGGACACAUCUUGCUGUGAUAUUGGGCGUAGGAAAGCUGCUCAACGUCGAGCUAAGGCUUCUGCUUCUGGCAUCAAAUGCUAAUGUCGGUGGACCAACGACUGCAGCGGGGAUGGCGACGGCGAAGGGAUGGAACUCGUUGAUCGUUCCCGGGAUUUUGGCUGGAAUUUUCGGGAUCUCCAUUGCAACUUUCAUAGGGAUUGGAUUUGGUGUGAAAGUCCUCAAGUUCAUGUGAAGAUGGUAAAUUUAUGAAUAGAUUAUGGAUUGGACUCUCUGCUUUCUCUGCCUCUCUUCUGCAAUCUCGGUUAUGUCGAUUUUGGUUGAAAAAGCCAAUAAAAUAUUUAGAGUUUGUGUGGUGCAUGUUUUCAUAAGAUGCUAAAGAGAGAUGUAGAGAAUUAUGAUGGUUAUCUUUGUAGCAAUUCUUGAAUCUUGAUUGAAAUUUUAGAUAAUGUCGUCUU